AUGGGAGGUGCCGCUUAUCGGUUCCCCCAAAUCUCCUGAGCCAACAGGAGGUCAGGACACACAAGAAGCUGCACGCAAGCAAUGGAUGAGCUCUGACUGGGAUCAGAACUUCAGUGAAACCUUCCGCCCUGAACUGUGGGACUCAUCUUUGGAGACAUGUCAGUCUCUGCACAAACAGGUAAGAAAUUAUGAUCCAGAGAAAGAAAAUUGUGCAGUCUGUCCUGCGACAGCUCCAGGAGGUCGUGGAGAGCUCAGGCCUGGACACUGUGACCAGAACAGCCGCCUACGUUCACCAGGUCCUCGCUCCUUUACAGCUCCCAAAGACCCCCUUUCAAGAUUUUCCCAAGUGGGUAAAUGUGGACAACACAGCUCAAGGUUUAUACCCAGCUGAUGCACCUGGAGGACUCCUGCCUCUGAGGUGUAAUGGAGAAGGCAACUUGUUGUUUGAUGCCAUUAGCAUGCUGCUUGUCGGCAACACUGGACUUAGCUUGGAGCUACAGGUAAGGACUGUGGUGGAAAUGGUGCUGUGGAAGAGAUACUACCUGGCUGGAAUGAUUGAUUCUAAAAUGAUGCUGCAAGCUGUUCGCUUCAGUUUAUGCGCUGAAGAGUCUGAAGAUAUGCUGAACCUGCCAGUAACUGUCUUGGAGGCCAUUUAUGAUGUCGAUGUCAAAGCGUCCUGCUUCCCUGGCUCUUAUGCUAACAUGUGGCACAUUUACGCCCUGUCGUCUGUCCUUCAGUUCAACAUAUACUCCAUCUACCCCAUGUUCAACCUUAAGAUUCGACCAUAUUUCCACCGACUGAUUCGCCCAAGAACCUGGCCCGAAGACUCUGAGCCACACACAAUACACAUAAUGUGGUCUGGAGAGCUGCAGUCCAAGUCAUUGUUUAAGCCAAAAUAUUUUGUUGCCCUUGUUGAGGCGAAUACGCCCAUGUUUGGAAGCCCUGAAAGCAAGCAGAAAGGCUCUCUGCUCAAAAGUAAAGGGAACCAGGAGUUACAAGAUCCUCUUUCAAAUUUGAAAGAUAUGAGCAGCGUCACCAAGAAGACCUUGUUUGACUGGAAGAAGCAGACCCAGGAACACUACAAAAGAUCAACAGCUAGGUAUGAGGCUAAGCAUUUCCUACAGGCCUGCUACUUGGAGGGUAAGCUCAUCCCUUUACACAAGUUUAAGGAGUUUUUCCCUGAGAUCUCAAGGUCGUCAUACUACAACUGGAAGCAAGAGCUGAAAACCAGAGGAAACUUUUCCACUUCAUCUUCCACUGGAGAAAUAAGUCCUGGAGAGAGCACAGAGCAGGAGGCCUGGUCCUCACCCGAAGCAAAUCUGGAUGAGUCAGACCACCAUGACAGUGUGGCCGGCAUGUUCGGCUUUGGAAAGCUGGAUGCGGAGCGGGCUCAGAUUGUAACACACAUGCAAGAUGCUAAGCGCUGGCUGCAGAACUGCCUCGCUGUGAACACUUCCUUCCCCUUCAGGAUGUUCAAGAAAAACUUUCCGGGGAUCUCAAGAUCCACAUACUACAACUGGAGGAGAGAAGCUAUGGUUGUUAUCGGGGGCCACAAAGGCAACGUUGGCAGCAGUGAGGACAGCUCGGAUGCAGACAAAAGCCAGAGCCCAAAAGGUCAGUUGUCGGUGCUGCCCGGCAUUAACCAUCGUGUUGUUCCAAGAGAGAGGACCUGGAGACAAAAACACAGAAGUUUCAUGAUGGCAUACAUAAGCAAAAAACAGCUAAGAGAAGCUGCAAAGUUGCACGUUCAGAAGUCCAACUGGUCCCUGAUAAAGUUCAAGCUCAAGUUCCCGUACAUAUCCUUGUGUUUCUACUGGCUGUGGCGUAGCAGCUGCAAGGCCAAGCAGAAGAUGACCUCUCAGAGUGUGGAGGUCAGUGUUCCUCAGAGCCUGCAGAGCACAGGCGGUGAAAAGAUGGCGGUGAAUCAGCACGAGCUCCUGCAUGUCGAGACCCCCGGUUGUGUGGAAAGUUCCCGUGUGGCCUCUUUUGAUGGCCAGCAUCUGAAUCUCACCUUUCCCAAAAGGCCACCCGUAAACGAGCAGAUGUUCACAGCAGAUGUUAUGGUUCUCGCCAACUUCAAGGCCAAAGCCAAGCUCUUCCUCCAGCAACGCUUCCAGGAGAAGGCUUUCCCCUCAUUUAAAGAGUUCCGGUCCUACUUCCCUUUCACGGCACGCUCCACAUACUACAUGUGGAAGCGAGCUUUGUAUCACGGGGUGUCACUGAUCCAUGGGUAA